AUAUUAAUGCUGAUUUCGUGUUGCGGAGUGAAUGUCGGUAAGUUGCAGUCGCUCUUACACUAGUAGUUUCUAGUUCUCUAGUUUACGUUAUUCCCGGCAUUAUAAAAGUACACCGCCUUUUGAGUUUCUCGUCAACUAAUUAGUUUAAAUUGGUCAUACUCGUUAUCUCUUAGCGCAGGUUCUUAACGUAUCUGAUAUCCAUUUUGUAUUCGCAAUUCUAUUGCCGACAGCCUGCCAUUCAACAUAGUGCUAAUAUAACCGAAACUAAAAAGUGUAACAACAUGGUUCUCUAAAGGUUUUUGUUACCGACUAUAAACAUAACCUAAUCAUAACGAGUGCAGAAUAUUUCACCAUUUUGUGUUUGAAGAAAAUUCAAAAUUAGCAUGCAAAUGUUACAAGACACAGUUUAAAUGAAGAAAUUAUAAUAAUUAUUUAAAAGAUAAUUUAUUUAUUAACUACUUGAGUCAUGCCUCCAACACCUUUAGAGGGCAAUCAGCCCAGUAUGAGUAAUGGGUUACCUCCAGAUGGAUCUCUUUCUUUAUCCGUUCUGAUUGACUUUAUUGUACAACGUACUUAUCAUGAGCUUACUGUUCUCGCUGAAUUGUUACCUCGUAAACCAGAUAUGGAGCGUAAAAUUGAAAUUUAUAAAUUUUCUAAUCGAACACGACAGCUAUUUGUACGAUUAUUAGCACUAGUAAAAUGGGCUAAUAGUGCUUCAAAAGUAGAUAAAUCAACUCAAAUAAUGGGAUUUCUUGAUAAACAGUCGUUGUUGUUCAUAGACACUGCAGAUAUGUUAUCUCGAGUUGCUCGUGAAACUGUUGUUUCUGCUCGAUUGCCUAAUUUUCAUAUACCAUCAGCAGUUGAAGUCUUAACCACAGGUACUUUUUCCCGGUUACCGGCUUGUAUUCGUGAGCGUAUUGUUCCUCCUGAUAAAAUCACACCAGCUGAAAAACGAGAAACAUUACUCCAACUUAAUAGAGUUAUUCAGCACCGAAUGGUUUGUAGUAAUUUAAUUAAUGAAAUGAGUUGCAAGAAAGUAGCCAAUGGCCGUGUAACAUUUCGAGUGGAAAACGAGUUUCAAGUUUCUUUAACGUUGAUGGGUGAUAAUCCGAAUAUACCAUGGAGAUUAUUAGACAUUGAGAUAUUGGUUGAAGAUAAAGAAACUGGAGAAGGAAAACCUUUAGUGCAUCCACGUCAAGUUCAAUAUAUUCACCAAGUAGUUCAAGCCAGAUUAUUGGAAUGUUGUAGUACAGGAGGUGAACCAUUGACUCAAGUGUAUAUGGUAUUACAUUAUUUCUGUCAAUCUUUACAGUUAGAAGUACUGUUUUCUCAAACUAGAGCUUUGUAUAAAGAUAGACUUGAAGGGCAUAUACAUAUAACAGAGUAUACAGCGGGUAAGUGUCUAGUAGUUUCUUAUUGGAGAGAGCUUUCACGUAGUGUAUCUGAACAAUUUGGAUAUUCGUUGACAAUCUAUGUAGAUGAUAAAGAGCCUAAUAAGCCAUUAGGUAUUUUACAUUCACCGUCUCUUGGUACAAAAGAUGCAGAAAUAACAGAAAAAUCAAUUGGUACGGAUUCAUUGUCAAUGGAAAGACUAUUAGUGCACACAAUUCAUGUACGUACAAAAAUUCGUCUGUCUGAACUUAAAGUAGAAUUAGAAAAUUUGUUAAAAGAUGUAGAAUGUACUUUACAAGGUUCUCCAUCAAUUUUAUCAGUCGCAAUACUUAAUCCAUGUUUACGUGCUGAACAGUUAUUAAUAACAGUUGACACACAUACUGGUAUGCUUCAAUGUCAUGUUCCUGAAUUUAGUCCUCCAAGUAUGGUGGUAUUACAGCAAGCAUUGAAUAAUGAGCAUAGUAAAGUACCUUUACUUAUAAGUGAUUUAAGAUUUUGGAUUACUCAACGUCGGUGUGAAACAACUUUGCAACAUCUUCCUGGAACAGCUUAUGAAAGAUUACCAUUAUUACAUCAUGCAGAUCAUCCUAUGUCAAAAAUAAGUCGCCAUCGGAUGUAUAUAAAACUCCAUAAAAUUUCAAAUAUGAUAUUGAUUGUCGAGUUUGCUGAAAAUGAAAAAUCCCCUUGUAGAAUUGAGUACAAGUUUUAUCUAGCUAAUGUGAAAAAAUCAUCAAUUGAAGAUAACCCUAAUGAUGAAUCUAUUGAAGUAGACAUACCAAAAAUGUACUUAAAAGUUAUGACACUGUUGACAAUUGAAAAGUUUGUUGCUACGCAUGGUCCAUUUACAGCUGUUAUUGAAGAAGAUCAAGAAAAGAUGGAUCCAAAUAGUCGCAAAAGAGUUAUAGUGCGUCCAGAUAAACCAAGGAAAUUACUUAAACAUCCUGCUUAUUUUAUACCUGAACUAGCCCAUAUUGUAGCCUUAUGUGACGAAAGAUUACCAUUUACUGUAUUAGCUCAAGAGUUAACAAAAUGUGGCAUCAGUAAUCAAGGUGUUCAAGUUGAAGCAAAUGCUACAACUUUUGUUUUGAAAAUUUUAUCAUUACCACCUCCAUCUGGUAUUGAAGCAACAAAUCCCAAAUGGAUAUCAUUAUGCAAGCGAGUUUUGUCUAUAUCUAUACGUGUAUAUGGUAAAGGUACAACUCGAUGUUGGACGACUGAAUAUGUAUUUUAUGGAAGUCCUUUACCUAGUAGGCAUAGUCGAGAACAAGGAGCUAGACGACCAGUUUACAUUAACUAUGAUGUCAGUGUUGCUGAAAAUAUGUCAAAAACAGUUGAAACAAUUUUGAAUGAUUGGGCUCAGAUUGUUCAUUUAUACUUUUUAGUAGAAGACUUGUCACCUUACUUACAAUCUGAAAAGAAUAAUUUGGCGUCAAUGAUUAGUAUAAAGAGUUAUAAUUAUUUAAAACUUGUGAUAGGAUAUGGUACACAUAGACGGUCAACAGCUACUAUUCAAUGGAAUUCCACAAACAGUAAAUUUAAUAUAGUAUUUGGCUCACUUAAUAGCAGCAUUAAUCCUCAUAACUUAAUUAAAGAACAAUUUGAAGGUUAUUUAAAUAACAAUAAAAAGCUAUCUUUGCUUAUACACGAAAUGCUUGAUACACUAAACCCCCUUACUGCUAUUUGUAAGUUACCAUCAAUACCACAACUUUGUGUUUUACAAGUCAGACCACAAGUACCUGUGAUUACAUUUGGAGUAGUUGCUAAUUCUACAAACUUACUUAAAGUUAUUUAUGAAGGACAAUAUUGUUUGGAAAUAACAUUAAGGUGGGGAAAUUUAGUCAGCAUUAGAGAUGGAGCUUAUAGUAGAUAUGAUAGAACAUCUGUAAUUUCUGAAUAUACACCAACACCUGGAUUAAAAGCAUUUUUAUCAAAAUAUGUAGAUGAGACAAAUGUAUUUAGGCGACGAUCUCAAUCUGAAGAUGACAACCCUCCUUCUCCAAUCACUAUGGAUAAUGUUGAAGGUAACUUCUUGAGUUCCUCGCAUAGAGGUCCUCAGUCACCUGCACAAGGUUUACGGUUUCAUUCAACUGGUAAUACAACACCGGGAAGUAAUCCGCAUACACCAGCAAGUCCACAUCCUGCAGUUGGAGUAGCUAGUAUGUCUCAAAAUACUCAACAGCAAUUUAACAAUAGUCCAGUGACAUCGUUUAAUUUGGCAUCUCCACCGUCAGCUAUUAACCCUUCCCCUUCAAUGUUACCACACCCUUCCCCGGGUUCAAGUUUAUUAGCUAGUUCUCCUUCCAACCCUCUACAUGUACCAAGCCCAGCAGGAAUGUUACCAAAUUCGUCACCAGGUCCAGGCUCAGGAUUUGGAUUGAGUUCUAGUACACAUCCACCAGAAGUGAGUCCGUUUCAAUCUCAAAGCAUGACGUCACCUGCUGCAUCUAAUUGGCCUGGUUCACCUGGUUUACCUCGCUUAUCUCCAGCUAGAGCUCAGGGACAAUCGCCUGCAGGACAUUCUUUACAAAGUCCUGAUCAUAAGAGUGGAUAUGGUCAUACUUCUAGAGUGCUUCCUCAAAAGUCUUGGGCUGGAGCAGUUCCUACUAUUAUUACUCAUGAAGCAUUAAACGCACUAUGCACACCAACUGCACAUCCACAAGGUCUUCCUGCUCCUAAACAAUGUCCUUUAGAGAGAUUCUUAGGUUGUGUUUAUAUGAGAAGAAAUCUACAAAGAUUUGUUCAAACUGAAGAAAAUCUAAUUGCUUUGAGUUCCUCUGAGCCUGGUGUUGUAAAUUUCAAAGUUGAAACAUUGCAAUGUCGAGCUUUUAUUAAUAUGCAACAUUUUCAGUCAUUACAUUUAAAAAUAUCAUGUAUUCCAGAACAAAAAGAUCCUUGGAAUGUCGAAGAAUUAAAUAUUUUAGAAAAAUUUUUUGAAAGUAAAGUAGCAAUACCACCUUGUAAGCCAAAUACAUUACUUGGGUUCACUAGAAUGUUGAAUUGUCCAUAUACAGUACUCAAGGACUUUAUACAAAUAAUCAAAUUAGAAAUGAUUCCUGGACUUAUUCAACAACAGCAAAUGAAAUGGACAGUUCAGUGGUGUCUAAGAAUACCACCAUCAGCAACUCCAAUAGUGCCAGUUGGUAAAGAAGCCCUUUUGAUUUGUAGAAAUAAAAUUUUAUUUUUUUUACAAAUCACUAGAAUUGGAAUAACAUACAAUAGUAACGAAGUGCCUUCAUUAGUCUUACCGCUGGUUUAUGAUACUGCUACUAAUCUUACACAACUGGCUGAAAAGAGAGAUGCUGGUCCAGCAUCAGCAAUAUCUGCUGCUAGUCUUCACAUGAAGAGGUUUGCUGAAUUUGCUCUUAACCACAAUGAAUGUUCUAUUUUCCCAGCCAUUCGAGAUUUAAUGACAAAUUUUGUACUUCCAUCUGAACCUCAAUCUCAAAUGUCACCUGCGUCUAUGAACAUGCACCCACAAAUGACUCCCGGAGGUCCAGUUCCUUCACCGUUAAUGGGACAACACAUGAUGAAUCAAAAUCCUAAUAUGGUUGGUCCAAAUCCUAAUAUGGGUGGUCCAAAUCCUAAUAUGGGUGGUCCAAAUCCUAAUAUGGUCGGUCCAAAUCCUAAUAUGGUUGGACAGAACCCCAAUAUGGUUGUACAAAAUCCAAAUAUGGUUGGACCAAACCCUAAUAUGGUUGGGCAGAACCCUAAUAUGGUUGGACAAAAUCCAAAUAUGGUUGGACCUGGAUGUAAUAACUAUGGUAAUGUACCAAUGUCGGCUAUGGGACCACAACAUGGUAUGAUGCCAAAUCAUCAGUGACAUAAAGCUUAUUAUUCGACGUAAAAAACUUAUUUUUAAAUAAUGUUAAAUUACGUUACUUUGUAAAAGUAGUAUAAUAUUAUUGGCAAUUAGUAAUUGUAUGUAUCUACUAUGAAGUUCUAUAACAAAGAUUUGAGUUUUUUUUUUUAUUGUAUCCAAGCGAAUUUUGAAAAAUUUUAUAAGAUUAAACAAUUAGUAUAUAAUUAUAGGAGUAUUGUAAUUUAUUCAAAUAGUAGAUAUAAAUGUUAUAACUAUUGUGCAGCUAUUUGAACGAACACUGCGUAAUAUAUAUUUUGUGUUUAUAUACUAUUUGUAAGUAUUAGGUAAUGAUUAUUAUAUUUUUUAACUUAAUCCUCAAUCUUUAUAAUAAUUAUUAUGAAAGAUAGUUGCAAAACCAAUAUAGGAUUAUUUUUUAUU